AACUGAACACUAAUCAAUUUAUAAUAAGAGAGAGAGAGAGAGAGAGAGAGAGAGAGAAAUCAAACGAGCAUGAACAGCCAACACUUCCUUCUCAUAUCCUGCACAGGCCAAGGCCAUAUUAACCCUACUCUCCAACUCGCCAUACGCCUAAUACACGGCGGUGCACGAGUGACCUUUGCCACCACCGUCCACGGCCUCAAACAAAUAAAAAAAUUCCCUUCACUUGAGGGCCUAUCCUAUGCCUCUUUCUCCGAUGGCUUUGAUGAUGGAAACAAACCAAUUGACGACCCACAACACAUUAUGUCCGAGUUCAAGCGUGUCGGCUCACAAACACUCGCCAACUUGAUUGUCAAACUCUCAAAUGACGAGCAUCACAAGGUCACCUUCUUAGUCUACACCAUCCUUCUCCCAUGGGCUGCUGAUGUGGCACGUGAUAUGGGUAUACCUUCUGCUUUUCUCAGCAUUCAGUCCACUGCAGCACUUGCUAUCUACCAGAAAUACUUCAAUGCCCAUGAUGGUAUGUAUCAUAUUUAUGAAAAUAGCCCCCCAAAUUCUAUACAGUUCAAAGGGUUGCCACCAUUUGCUUCCUCGGACCUACCUUCGUUUCUCUUACCAACUAGUCCACACAAUUCAGUCAUACCUACCUUUCAGGAACAUAUCCAAACCCUUGAAAAAGAUCCCAACCCAUGUGUGUUACUGAACACCUUUGAUGCUCUAGAAGAAGCAGCAAUCGAAGCCGUUGUUAAUUUGAAUUUAAUACCAAUCGGACCAUUGGUUCCAUCCACUUUUUUCGACACAAAAGACCAGUCUGGUAAUUCCCCGUUUGGAUGUGAUUUGUUUGAGAGCUCUAAGGACUAUCUUCAUUGGCUAAACUCAAAGCCAAAUAACUCGGUGGUUUAUGUGUCGUUUGGAAGCCUAGUUACGUUGCAAGGAAAGCAAAUGGAAGAGAUUUUUCAUGGACUAGUUGAAACCGACCGUCCAUUCUUGUGGGUAAUUCGAGCUUCAGAGAACGGAGGAUCAGAAAUAGAGGACACGAUAAAGAAUAAAUUGAAGGAAGAAACACAAGGGUUAAUAGUGCCAUGGUGUUCACAGGUUGAGGUGCUGUGUCACCAUUCAGUGGGCUGUUUCUUGACACAUUGCGGGUGGAACUCGACCUUGGAGAGUAUCGUAGCCGGAGUGCCGGUGGUGGCUUGUCCACAUUUUUCAGAUCAAAUUAUGAAUGCCAAGAUGGUGGAGGAGGUGUGGGGGACUGGAAUUAAAGCGAAGGUGAAUGAAGAAGAAGUUGUGGAGAGGGCAGAAAUUAAGAGGUGCUUGGAGAUGGUGAUGGGAGCUGCAGAGAAAGGGGAAGAGAUAAGGAGGAAUGCUAAGAAAUGGAAAAGCUUGGCUGUGCAAGCUGUGAAGGAGGGUGGUUCUUCACACACCCAUUUCAAGCUUUUCAUGGAAAGGUUUCACAUAGAUUAAUGGACAGCAACGCUAUGAAAAUGAAAUUGGAGGGUGAGGCUGUGGAAGAUGUGAAGGAAGCUUGCAAUCUCAUGCUGUCACGCACUUCAUUGGGAAUGGAGCAAUAAAACGGAUGACCAGAUGUUGGCGUCCCAAGUACACAGUUCACUGCCUGCAAAGAAAACAAUAAAUCAUUCCUUGUGAGCCUUCUAAAAGCCUUUUCAAUUUCAAGUUUUUUUUUUUUUUUUUGAGUUUGUAUACUCAUAUCAUAUGGAUUAUUGUGAAGUUAUUAGCUUGCAUGUACUACUGUGCUCUAUAAAUAUCUUAUUAAGAAAAGAUUGAUCAAAAUUUUAUUGCCUA